AUGGGUCCUAAAAAGGAAUCGUAUAUAAAGGCCUACAAAAAGUACCAGCAGUCGCAUCGACAUCCACCACGACUGCCCGGCGUGAAUUUGACACAUGAUCAGCUGUUUUUCCUUAACUAUGCCCAGAUUUGGUGCGGGACAAUGAACGACAAGGAAGCUGUGCGGAAGCUGAGGACAUCGGAGCACUCACCCGGUCCAAUCAGGGUGAAAGGUCCAUUAUCGAACAGUUUGGACUUUGCUAACGCCUUCAACUGUCCGGUAGGAUCACCGAUGAAUCCUCGUCACAAGUGUCGGGUGUGGUAG